AUGUCUAAUGAAAACAUACAACGACUUCCCCUCGAAGUUUUGCAAUACAUUUUUAUUCUGUCUGGAAACCCACACUUUCCUCGAGUGUCUCAAAAUUUCUACAAAGCUGCAAAUUCUCAAACGAGUGUAAAGACUCAGUGGCUUCUGUGCAAGUAUAAGAACGAUUACAAAAAAGCUUUUUUUAGAGGCCUCAAAUGGAAAUUUUUUAACAAGGAAAUUCUCAACCAGUUGGACAAUUUAUACCAACAGCAAAGUAUUCGAGACGGUGUCAUCCCACCACCCCCCGAGAUUCUUUGCGAGGGUCGACCUAUUCCUCAAUGGUUUUUCGGUGAUUCGAACGAUCGACUUCUCGAGUUGACUGAAAUCCUUCUUAAGCGUAAAGCUUCACCAAACGAGUCUGAAGGUUAUCCAAUUGUCAAGUCAGUACAAAUUGGUAAUAUCAGAAUGGUAAAACUUUUAAUCCACUACGGGGCCAAGGUAGAUAUUAGAGAUAAUUUAGCGCUGAGUGUUGGUGUUGGGAAAGGAAACCUUGAGAUGGUCAAGUUGUUACUUGAUCAUGGUGCUCAGCCAAGUUCAAAAACUUUAAAGUACGCUGUGGAAAAGGGUUUUGGCGAAAUAUUUGAAUUAUUGAAAUGUUACGGUGCUAUUGAAGAUCUUAGUGUGGUUAAUGCCUUUGAGUAG